UAUAAAAACUGCACGCAUUUUUGACAUUCAUAUUAAACGUUAUCUGAACUCUGAAAGUAUGGUUGUGUAAAGCAUAAGAAAAUACAAAAUGUUCAAAUUUACUUGUUUACUAUUGUGUUCUGUGGUUGCGAGCCUUAGCGGUGUGUCGGCAACUAUUAGUGACAAGGAUAAGGAAGUUAUUCGUGAGGCGGUUGGUCCCUUUAUUAAGGAAUGUUCACAAGGACACGACGAUGAGACUGGUUCUUGCUUUGUUGGUUGUUUCUUCAACAAAAUGGGGAUUGUAGAUGCAAGUGGUGUUUACAAUGUGGAUGUCGCACUAACGACUAUUAACGCACAUUUGAAGACUUCCAGCAACCUCAGUAGAUUUGAAGAAAUUUCAAAAAUAUGCAAACAUGUCAAUGGAAAAUCAGUGAGUAAGGGAAAUGAAGUAUGUGAAAGAGCGCAGUUGGUGUUAGCUUGCGCUUUGGAACAUAAAUCCAUUGCCACGCAGUAUAAAUUUAUGAGUGAAAUCGUAUUCUCAACUUAAAACAAUUAAUUUAGAAUAAAUAAAAGUUUUAA